AUGAUAGAAGGUGGAAUUACAUCCAGGAUGUCGGGAAUAAUUGAGGAUGCUGGCCAUCAUCCGUCUCCACAAGACUAUAGGCUUCUGACCACGGACCCCUCCCAACUGAGGGAGGAGGACCUCCCUGGGGACCUGCAGUCUCUGUCGUGGCUCACCUCUGUGGACGUUCCCCGACUACAGCAGAUGGUGGAUGGCCGCGGCCACAGUAAUGGGCCCUCCCAGGGCAGCUUGUUGGAGCAACAGACAGCCCAACUGAGCAGCAUGGCCAUGACAGGAGCUCAGUCCUCCAUGCUCCACCUGCAAAGCAACAUGCAGCACAGCCCACUGGGAAUCAGCAUCAUCAGCACCCACAGUGGAGCAAUGUCUCCGUUUCCCAUCAACGGGAUGCCCUCACCGGGGUACCAGUGCCCCACCUCGGUAUACCAGUCGGCCCAACAGCAGGUGUACUCGCUAACCCAAGCUGGACAACAGUGCUCAACAGGCGGGUUGUACAGCAAUGUCUCUUUCACCAACCAAAGUCUAUUUUCACAAUCUCGCCUGGCACCACAAGAACAGGACCUGCAGCCAAAAUGUUUCCCCAAACCCAUCUACUCGUACAGCUGUUUGAUUGCCAUGGCUCUGAAGAACAGCAAAACAGGCAGCCUUCCAGUCAGCGAGAUCUAUAGCUUUAUGAAGGAACACUUUCCUUAUUUCAAGACGGCCCCGGACGGAUGGAAGAAUUCAGUCCGGCACAACCUGUCUUUAAACAAAUGCUUUGAGAAAGUGGAGAACAAGACGAGUAGCUCGUCCCGAAAGGGUUGUCUGUGGGCGCUGAACCCGGCCAAAAUUGACAAGAUGGAGGAAGAGAUGCAGAAGUGGAAACGCAAGGAUCUCCCAGCCAUCCGCCGCAGUAUGGCCAAUCCAGAUGAGCUGGACAGACUGAUCACGGACCGGCCAGAGAACUGCAGGCGGAAGCCAAUGGAACCCAUCAUGACCCGGCUGCCCGGCUGUCCGACGGGCCUUUCGCUGACGGCCCAGAUGCAGCAGCCCCAGCCCAUCGUGACCCUCUCCCUGCCGUGUUUACCCAUGCACCAGCACCAUCAGAUCCAAGCCCAGCUGCAGGCCCAAGCCCGUUUGGCACCCAUGUCUCCGGCCCCGGCACAAACGCCUCCCCUCCACGCCGUGCCCGACCUCUCGCAUAGUCCGCUAACACAGCAACCCGGCAAGCCUCCUGAUGACUUUUACAGCGUUCACGUAGACAGCCACACAGAGGUGGACGCACUGGACCCCAGCAUCAUGGAUUUUGCCCUUCAAGGUAACCUUUGGGAGGAAAUGAAGGACGACAGCUUUAACCUGGAUGCAUUGGGCACCUUCAGUAACUCCCCAUUGCGACUAUCGGACUGCGAUUUGGGGAGCAGCCUCCCUCCUGCCUCCGCAAACCCGCCGCUGUCAGACGUACAAGUGACGGGUCUGUACACGUCGUACACGUCACAGGAAAGCCUCUCCUCCCAGUACAUGGGCUCACCAGUCAACAGCAAACCCAUCGUCCUGCUUUAGAACAACACAGGCGAAGGAUUUCUGACGGGAUACCAACUGGAAAGAUUCUGAAGUACAAAUCAGCCGGGAACUAUCAAAAAUAUGACUUGUUGGGAAGUCCACAAGAAAAUUGCUCACUUAAAAAAAAAAUAGACACUUCCAAGAAAGGUUUUGUGGAGGA